AUGUCUAAGAGUCCUGCCAAGAAUCUCGUUUUUUCUGUUCAUCUUUAAACUGCCUUGAUAUAUAAACCAUAAAGCAUAUGUUCAUGUAACGAUUCUGACCGAGACACCGUUUUCCUGACCUGAAGAAAUGUCAUCCUCGGAAGAAGUAUGGACCAAAGGAAAUUUCACCAACCGUACAUCGUUUGUGGGAAUAACACCGCAGCGUUUCCCUCUUGAUUACCGCAUUGUUGCAACCACAGUGCACGCUAUCAUAUUUAUUAUCGGUGUCUUUGGGAAUAUUGCUGUCGUGGUGGUGGUAAGGAAAACUCGUGCACUGCACACGCCGACUUAUUGCUACUUGGUAUCUCUAGCUGUUGCCGAUCUUCUCGUGCUCUGUUCGGCGAUUCCGGAAGCCAUUGUGUCCUAUCAUUUGUACGCCAGGCAAUGGAUCUUGGGACACGCCGGAUGUUCUUUGUUGAUUUUUGGAAAUUUUCUCGGCAUAAACGCCAGCAGCACUAGCAUUUUGUGCUUUACCAUCGAACGGUACAUCGGGAUUUGCAAACCGCUCUUAGCGCAGAAAGUCUGCUCAGUUGGAAGAGCUCAAAAGAUUAUCAUCGGCACAUGGGUGUUCGCUGUGAUAUACUGUUCACCGUGGUUGGGAUUAACGAAAACGACACUGGUCCCCGUGAGAGGCCGUCCACCCAUUGAGCGCUGUGAAUUCCGCCUACAACGUGAUCCAUAUUUUUAUUUUUUUGUGGCGGAUUUAUUGUUAUUUUACGUCCUUCCGCUGCUGGUAUCCGUCGCACUGUACGCUAAAAUCGGCAUCACUUUACGUCGCAGCCAGUUACCAAUGUCCAAUGCGUCAACACCGCAGAGCUCCAGUGGUAACAUUAAGGCGUUGCAUGCCGGUAACGGUCCACCGGAAAUGCUGCGCAAGCACAGUUGUCGGGGCCAACUGGUGGAUCAAGACAAACAAAUCGUCCAGGUUGUAAGGAUGCUAUCGGUUGUCGUGGGUUUAUUUGCCAUUUUGUGGCUUCCUUAUCGAGGAUUAUUGGUGUACAACUCUUUAGUGGAGAAGCCGUGGCUGAACCUAUGGUAUCUGCUGUUUGCCAAGAGCGCCAUAUUUGUCAAUUCAGCGAUCAAUCCCAUAAUGUACAACGCCAUGAGCAAGAGAUUCCGUAAAGCAUUUGUUUACCACAUUUUCUUUUGUCGCAACUGGAGGAGAAAGCUUGGGAACACAUCACUUAAUCCAGCUGAGAUUACAUGGACAAGAUCAUCCGUGCCGGCUCUGACGAUCACCACGGCGUCGACUUAUGCCGCCUCUCCGCGCGGAUCGAUGUAUCCCAAUAUACAGCGUUGUGCAUCCGCCGUGUCGCUGGAUUCCACAUCCAUAGCCAUGGCGCCGAAGCGUAUAAAGCACUGCAACGGCGAAGGACUUAGUCUUCUAAGUACCAGACGAUCCAGCUCGGAUCGGAAUUUAUUCGCGUCCAGUGCAUACUCGUCGAUGGCUAGUUCUAAUGCGCAUAUUGAAAUGCAAGUCUCCGAAAGAGAUUCGCGACCGUCGUCGGUGCAGCUUCUCACGCCGAACGUUUAUACACCAUCGAACUUGUUUAACUCUGUCUGAAGUGGAAAAAUUUGUUGGAAAGAUUCAUAAUUAAUGAAUGAUAUGUGAAUGCGCCGGUAAAGUUGACUGGUGAAAAGGUCACCACUGUGCGCAUUAUGCAAUGCAGAUAAACAUGGUUUUGCAACCCGAGCCGCUCGAUCUCACGACCAA